UAUCACCCAAAAUGCCUUUGAAAGUAAAUGUAUUCAGUGUUGCGUGGAAACCCCAUGAAUUUUGCUGUGAUGUCAUGGAAGGCCCCUUACUGUAGCGUAUAAAGGCACAGCAGAGAGGAAGUGGCUCUGAGAGUCCACAUCUGAAUCUGACAGUCAAGAUGUCACUAAAGCUGCAGCUUUGCUUCCUAUUGUUGUUUGUAAGGGGAUCCGUUGCGGUGCAACAUAUGACCGUGAUGGAGGGUGAGACUCUAACCAUUAAGUGUCGCAUUCGAAAUGCCCACAGGAGCCACGUGGAAUGGAAGAAUCCUAAUGGGCAUGUGAUGUUUUUCAAUGACCAUAAGGCCCUGAGGGACAAGCGCUACAAGAUAAUCAACUUGUCCGAGUCCGAUUUUUCAGUCAGUGUGUCUGAUGUCACCUUCAAAGAUGGAGGCCUCUACACAUGUUUACAUCACACAAAAGUGCCUGUUGUGAAGUUUAUUACCGUGACAGUUUUGGGUAUGCCAAAAUUGGAGAUGACAGAACACAAUGGAAAGUCUGCCAUCAAAUGUUCAGCAGUGGGAAAUAGACAUCCUCCCAAAAUCUCAUGGCUUUUGGGGAGUGGGUUAGAAAUUGAUGCUCAGCCUCAGUAUCUUUUGGGAAAAAACACAUAUUCGUCCCUGGAUAUCUUGCAUGUUCAGUCCCACAAGAGGAGAGUCACAGUGAAAUGCAUCGUUCGCCAUCCAGCCUUACACAAUUCAUCUCUGAUGAAUUCCAUCAAAAUUGGACAGAAUCCCCCUGAGGAAUCACACUCCACUGCGGGAACCUCUCAUUGGCCCAGUACAGAAGGUCCAACAGAGGUACCAACAACAACAGUCUCCCGUUGGCCUAGUACACAGGUGUCAACAGAAACACCAACAGCUACAGCCUUAGAUUGGCCCAAUACAAAGGGAUCACCAGCAUCAACCCCUGACUCACAACUCAGCACUCACAGUCAGCCAGCCCACUCAGUGUUCGAAGCUACAGGGUACACACUUGCUAAUGACAGCAGCAGCAACUCAACCAGUACUGCCGAUUGGUCGUCAGUGUCCCAGACAACAGAGAACACGCCUCAUAAUGGCACAGGAACCAACUCCACUAAUGCUAGAGGAAGCUUCUUCGAUGAGACGGAGAGACAGAAAGGAAAUGGAGGAAGUGCGCCAUUGCUCAUCUUCCUCGUGACAUGCCUCAUCCUUGGUCUGCUGGUGGUCGUUACGUUCUUUGUAAUCAAGCUGAGGAGGGCUCACAUACUCUGGAAGAAAGAAAAUGAAGACUCUGAUCAAUCUGUGGAGAGCAGCAGAUCAAAAUCAAGCAAUGAAGAAAAACAAUCCAGAAGAAGAAGGGGAAAUGGACUUUUUAACAUUGGAUUCACAAAGUAUGUCGUUGAGGAACCCAUGGCAACAGAGACGACGACGACAACAACAAACACUAAAACAGAAGGGGCUCCUGAAAUUCAAGUCAUCCCACAAACAAAUGGAGCAACCCAAAGCCCUCAGAUCAAGGAGAUGGAACUGUAAAAAAUGUGUGUUUUAAUAUAGAGAAUUCUAAAUCAUAAGUACCUUAGAUUUUUUUUAAAAUGUAAUAUUGUUUUAAAACGUGCUGUGAUAUGGUGGAUAAUUCUGUGCAUACACAGGCUCAUAAGCUUUACUUUUGUACUGAAAAACUUGAAAACAAUUAAGAAUAUACAACAUAAUUAUAUGGAUUAUUCUGUGGAAGUACCCCCCCACACACACACAGCUCAUACACAGACCCACUCACACACUACACAAACACAACCACACACAAAAUCACCAUAUUCACUUAUGCGACUAUUUAUUAUAUUUAUCCUGCUGCUCAGUGACUUUAACCCUGCCACCAGUAUCCCUUUCAUUGAUUGGUACUGAUAUUGACCUUGUUUAUAGUGUAUAUUCUCGUGUGCAUUAAUUUUAUUAUUUUGUGUACUUUUAUUAUUUUUGUAUUUCUUUUAUAUUACUUAGUACAACUGCAUUGUUGAGGAAGAGCUUGUAAGCAAGCAUUUCACUGCAAUGUUUACACAUGUUGUAUCCUGUGCACAUAACAAAUAAACUCUGAUUAGAUUUUCA